AACUGUCGUCGGAAGAGGCUUGUUCUUCUCCGGCUGUAAUAUUAUAAUUUCUGUGUGCAAUUUAAAUCCGAUUGAUGUAGAAUUAUCUUAAUACACGCUUGUUUACGAUGAGUAUAGUGCCCUAGUAUAAGACAUUGAAAAGCAUUUCCAGGUUUUUAUUGUUUGCUUUAUUGUUUUUUGUAAAGAAUACUUUUUCACAACUCUGCGACUGAAUUACUGAUUCCUAUGAUGUAUCUACUGAAGACUACCGUAGUAACAUAACCGGAAGGACCCAAACGGAAGCAUUAAUAUUUGUGCUUCAGAAAAUAAGUUCCCACCGGCAUUAGGUUAACCAAUGAUUAGAUGGCUAAAUAAUUGUUAAUGACAUGGCUGUCACGAUGUGUGCAAGACUGUUUCUCCAAAGAUCUUCACAGGGUCUGCGGUUCAGCCCUCUAACAUCAACCGCGUUCACAAGUCCCUUUCUGUCUCGCGCCCACAGGCUUGGUCCCAGUGAUGAUGAGAUGUACCAAAGGACCACAGUGUCUGUCAUGCAGAAAGAACCGGGAGCUGGGGCGAUGAUUUACAGUUACAGUCCCCGGGGGUUCAACGUCGAUGGGAACCGUGUCGUAGGACCGUGCGCAGUGCUACCUCCAGCCAUACUCCAAUGGAAUGUAGGCAGCUAUAAGGACAUCACCAUAGAGAGCAUGGCCCUGUUUCACAUGCUGGAACCUCGAAUUGAGGUUCUAGUCCUGGGUACGGGAGGUCGAUCAGAGCGGAUUGAUCCUAAAGUCCUGGCUUUCCUCAAGAGCAAAGGCAUUGCUGUGGAGGUGCAAGACACACCAAACGCUUGUGCAACCUUCAACUUCCUGAGCAGUGAACGGCGGGUCGUGGCGGCCGGUCUGAUUCCUCCCCCAGUCAGCACAGAGCUGGAAUAGCCUAGCGACAAAAGGACGUCUUGAUGGGGUUCAAUGGAAAUGAGGAUGUUUGUGGGGAUCAGUCUGUCCGUAUUCAAGGCCUGAGUCAUGCUUUUUAGGCACUGGAGAUUUCAUGCUGAUCAUGCUGGUCAGACAGUUCCCAUUAGCAAUGUAAAGUGUGUGUGUGUGUGUGUGUGUGUGUGUGCGCGCACAGGAUUGUGUUUACAGUGAUGUAUUCAAGAAUGACAUUUAUAUUUAUAUAAACACUGUUUCAUAUGGCUGUACCAUUGUAAAUGCAAAUGGGUACUACAGUUAAAGUCACUAAUACAUUUCAACAACUGUUUUUUUUUUUUAUUGUUUCUUUUUAUUUAAUUACAGAAAAGGAUUGUGUAAUGUAGCCAUGUUCACUUUAACCUCUGUUGACCAUUAGCAUAUUAAUGAAUGGAGCUGAGACAUUCAUGUAAAUCACUGAGUGAGAGAGUAUGGCAGUGUGUAAUCUAGCCAAGGUGACUGUACUUCAUUUGGAUUGGUAAACCUCUUUAAUCCGUCUGUCUUCCAAACCCACCCCCAUCUGUCUGAAUCAUCCCUUUUUCCCUUUACCUCAGAACAGAUCAUAAAACUACGUGACACAACUCCA